AUGCCGCUGAGCAGGUGGGAUGUCGACCAGUAUGUGUCCAACCCACCCAGAGGCUUGGAGGCCCGCUUUGGGGCCAUCUUGCCGGAGGCAGACCUCUUUGACCCUGGGCUGUACGGCGUCAAAUGGUCGGAGGCCACGAGCAUGGAUCCCCAGCAGCGGCUGCUCCUGGACUGCGCCGCGGAGCUGUCAGCCUGCCGCGCUCUCCUGCCCAGCACCGCCAUUGCCGUGGGUAUAGGGGCCGUGGAUUACCUGGAUCUCACUGCCCGACAGGCACUGACCCUCUACUUUGCGAGCGGGGGAGCCAGCAGUGUCGCAGCCGGAAGGCUGUCGUAUGUUUUCGACCUGCACGGGCCCUCCCAGUGCAUCGACACCGCCUGCUCCUCCUCGCUGGUAGCCCUGCAUGCUGCGGCCCAGGACGUGAGGUCGCUGGACAGCGAGGAGGCCCUGGCGGCGGGGGUCAGCCUCACCCUGACUCCCCUGAGGACCGCAGCCUUUGCCAUCACUGGCAUGCUGGCUGCUGAUGGGCGCUGCAAGACCCUGGAUGCCGCGGGGGACGGGUACGUCCGCGGCGAGGGCUGCUCCAUGCUCCGCCUGGGCUCGCAAUUCAGCGCAGUCCUCGGCCGCGCCCCUGGCAACACAUGCCUGCUGGCCGCCACGGCGGUGAACCAGGACGGGCGGUCCUCGGCCCUCACCGCGCCCUCCGGCCCCGCUCAGGUGGCCGUGGUUCGCGCCGCGCUGGGCGCCGCCCACUUGACCCCGGCCAGCCUGGCGGCGGUGGAGCUGCACGGCACGGGCACCGCGCUGGGCGACCCCAUCGAGCUGGGGGCGUUGGCCGGCCUGAUCCCGGCCCGCGCCGGCCCGGUCCUCACGGCAGCCAAGUCGCGCGUGGGGCACGGGGAGACGGCGGCCGGCAGCACGGGGGUGCUGCACGCCCUGGACCAGAUGGAGCGCGGCGCCUACGCCGCGCUCACCCACCUCCGCGAGCUAAACCCACAUGUGCAGGGAGCCGUCGGCCGCCGUGCGUUCCUCCUGCCCCGUCAGGAGGCUCCCCUGAACCGGAGGGAGGGCGCGAGGGUGGCGGGAGUGUCCGCAUUCGCGUUCCAGGCUAGUUGUCAGGGGGUAAUUUGA